CGACUAGUAGUAUCUACCAGACCUUGGUACGAACAAGUUGACACUCGUUCUCAGUUAGUGCGGCACUUCAUCGACUCUUCGUUGCCCGUUCACUCCGGACUAGAUCAACGGUCUUAAAUCAAGAUGUUACUACGAGCCCUAACCAUCUUUUGGAUCGCGAUCGGUGGGAUACGUUCAGAAAUUUUCGAUCCCCCCGAUCCUCUGGAAUUGACGGACAAAUCAGACCUGAAAUACAGGCCGUGGGAGAGUGAGAACGCGUCUAAUACAACCUGGAUUUCCCUGCAAGGAAUGGGGAUCACCCAGUUGGGAUCGUCGAUGUUCCAACUUAAUAUUCCUAAUUUGAAGUGGCUAAGGAUGGACGAUAAUUCAAUCAUGAGGAUACCUAACGAUGGUUUUAAGUUUUUUCCGAACUUGACGUACCUCAGUUUGGCGAGCUGCAACAUCCGAGAGAUUGAACCUUCCGCCUUUCGUAAUCUUGACAGUUUAAGAGUUCUUGAUCUUGAUAGGAAUGAAUUACAAUACAGCAGUGUAGGACUUGAUUGGUUCACGGGCUUGAAAAUGCUGGAACGUUUAUAUUUGAGAUAUUCCUCUCUGCAGACCUUCUCAAUACCAGAAAUGAAUACCCUGAAACACCUUCACUUAUCUGGUAACCAAUUAUCAGUUUUCCAGACCUUUUUCGAAACAGGGUUGACGCAUCUAUACCUUGACAAUAACCAAUUGACAUAUAUCUCAUUGUGGAACUUCGAAUCACUUGUCUAUCUGAAUGCAGCUAGCAACCGUUUGAGAAGCAUUAAAACUUGUCGAACUCCGUAUUAUCUUCAUCGUGAAUAUAAUCCAUACAACAGCGAUACUGACCGAGAAACUCUAUGCCUCGGUCGCGCUCCAGCUCUGAAAUAUCUCUUGAUUCCACAUAAUCAAAUAUCUAUGAUCGAGACGGAUGUUUUCCUGAAUAUAAAAACCCUGGUUGAAGUAGAUUUGACUAGUAAUCAAAUCAGUCGAAUCCACUCUGGUAUAUUCAAUAAUCUCUUGCGAAUUGAAUACAUUUUAUUGGACUCAAAUCAGAUUACGGGCCUCACUUAUCACGCGUUUGAUAAUUUGCCUAAUUUGAAAAUGAUAUCGUUGAAAAAUAACAAGAUUACCGACAUCGAUGAUGACGCGUUUACCAAACUAAAUUCAAGCACUAAUGAGCUUUCCCUAUUUCUAGACAAUAACGAAAUACGUAUUUUGAGGAGAGGUUCUUUCCGGGGUAUCAAGGGUCUCAAACAUAUAGGUCUCAGUAAUAACAAAAUACGAACCAUCGCGUCACAGGCUUUCGUUGAUCUUCCCAAUCUGGCGAGUAUAGUGAUAGAAGAUCAAUCCCAACCCAUUGAUCAGAUUUCGUCUGAUUUAUACAAUCCAUAUCAUAGACGACUCAGAGCACACUCAAGACCGAGGCUAGAAGAUUUGGGGUUGAUAGAGUCGGAUGCAUUUUUCAAUCUGUCCAAUCUGACGUCACUCAUAAUUCGUCGAAACUUGUUCACUGUCAUAGAGUCUCAGGCUUUCCGCGCCCUGCCAAAAUUAAAAACAUUAGACUUGUCUGACAACAACAUUCAGAUUCUAUCCUCCGAAGUAUUCGCCGAUCUUCCUCAACUCGAAAGCUUGAGUCUUAAAGGCAAUCAAAUUAGUGUAAUGACCGAAGAAGCAUUCACCAAGUUGAAUUCAACUGCAAAUAAGGUUUCCUUGUUUUUCGACAACAAUAAGAUACACACCUUAAAGACGGGCUCAUUUCGUGGAAUCGAAGGUUUGAAUCACAUCGGUCUUAGCAAUAACGAAAUAAAAACCAUCUCGAGACAGGCCUUCGUAGAUCUUCCGAACCUUGAAAGCAUAGUAAUCGAAGAUCAAGUAGCUGAUCAGAGUCUAUCAACGCCAGCGCUAAAACGAGUAGUAAGUUCAGAAAAUUUCGAUGAAUAUGAUGACCAACAAAACCAAGAAUUAUCUGAAUCACUUACAGGGUUCACAUUACGAGCACCAAUGCUGGAAGAAAUAGGGCUGAUAGAGUCAGACGCAUUCUCAAAUCUGUUAAAUCUAGCUUGGAUCAGAAUCCGACGUAAUUCGUUCGCCGUUAUAGAAUCUAAAGCGUUCCAUGCGCUGCCGAAUUUAACAACGCUGGACCUUUCUAAUAAUAACAUAAUACGUCUCUCUUCCGGAGCUUUUGACGAUCUUCCGAAAAUUGAAAGCUUGGAUCUGAGAAAUAACCGGAUCAGCGUCAUAAACGAGGAUGCUUUCACCAAUCUGAAUUCGAAAGCGGAUGCGUUUAGUUUGCACUUGGAUAACAACACUAUACACACGUUGAGCAGCGGCUCUUUCCGCGGCAUAAAAAGUUUGAAUUAUAUUGGCUUCAACUAUAAUGAAAUAAAAACAAUUUUCCCCCAAGCUUUCGUCGAUCUUCCAAAUCUCGAGAGUAUAGUGAUUGAAAGGCAACGGGUAAACGGCAUUGACGACAUGCAAUUUAUAGCAUCGGACGCAUUUUUGAAUCUUUCAAAUGUAACCUCAAUCACGAUUCAAGGUAAUGUAUUCAGUGAAAUAAGGGCUAAGGCUUUCCACGACCUUCCGGAAUUAACAGAGUUGAACUUGUCAAAGAAUCGAAUGACAAUUUUGUCGUCCAAAGCUUUCAUUGACCUUCCCAAAUUGGAAAAUUUGUACCUUGGACAUAAUUUGUUACAAGAAAUCGAACCUAAUACUUUUCCAAAACAGUUGCGGAAUCUAGAUUUAUCAUGGAAUCCGAUUUGCAAAAACCUUAGCUGCUGGGACGUUGAAGGACUUGACCAGCUGACGCAACUUGACCUUUCGGGAAUAAUUUAUAGAUUGACGAUCGAUGAAUUUGCCGACUUGUCGAGGAAUCUAACAGUUGUAGUCGGGCAGGAAGGAAGAGGGUGCUAAUCUCUGUGAAUAAAAAUACUUCUGUUCGAUUUUGUCAUAUUAGUUCUACCCCUUAAACACACGAAUAUUCCUAAUUAUAAGUAUUUUGUAAGUUACGCAGUAUGUAAAAUUGUUGAAAAAAUGUAUCGCACUUGUACUUCAGC